CUCCGAAUACAGCUUCCUGUUGUGGCUGAACACCAGAAAUGUUCCUGUGAACCCAGGUUCUGGUUUAAUCCAAACCUUAAACAUGGAUCUUUUAAAAGCAGAACUCGCGAGGAAAAGGAAAAAUCUCGAAGAGAAAGAGCUAGUUGGCGAGUCAAAGAAAUAUUUUAAGCGCAGUGACCUUGCAAGAAAGGAAGAAGCCGAAUACUUCAAAAGAUGUGGUUACAAGGUUUUUAAUGAGAAGCCAGCAGGAAAGGUACAGAAGGACGAUGAGAAAGACAAGCCAUCCACUUCCUCCAACCCAGUGUUGGAGCUGGAACUGACAGAAGAAAAAUUGCCCAUGACACUCUCCCGACAAGAGGUAAUAAGGAGUCUGCGUGAACGAGGGGAGCCCAUAAGAUUGUUUGCAGAGUCUGAUUACGAUGCCUUCCAGCGCCUGAGAAAAAUAGAAUUUUUAGCUCCAGAAGUAAACAAGGGUUUAAGAAAUGAUCUGAAAGCUGCUUUGGACAAGAUUGAUCAGCAGUAUCUAAAUGAAGUUGUGGGAGGUCAGGAACCAGGAGAGGAGGACACGCAGCAUGACUUGAAAGUCCAUGAAGAAAACACCACCAUUGAAGAACUGGAGGCUUUGGGUGAAUCACUGGGACAAGGUGAUGAUGACAAAGACAUGGAUGUUAUAACCAAGGUGUUGAAGUUCCUUCUUGGUGUCUGGGCAAAAGACCUCAACGGCAGAGAGGACUAUGUUAAACGUGGUGUUCAGGGUAAACUGACCAGCGCCACCCAAAAACAGACCGAAUCGUACCUGAAGCCCCUUUUCAGGAAACUCCGCAAAAGGAGUCUUCCUGCAGACAUCAAAGAGUCGAUAACAGAUAUUAUUAAAUUUAUGUUGCAAAGAGAAUACGUCAAGGCCAAUGAUGCAUACCUUCAGAUGGCUAUAGGCAAUGCACCUUGGCCUAUUGGCGUGACUAUGGUUGGUAUUCACGCCCGCACAGGCCGUGAAAAAAUCUUCUCCAAACAUGUGGCUCAUGUCCUGAACGAUGAAACCCAGAGGAAAUACAUUCAGGGAUUGAAAAGAUUGAUGACAAUCUGCCAGAAGCAUUUCUCAACAGACCCUUCAAAAUGUGUGGAGUACAAUGCUUUGUGAUCUCCUCCUUAUCUAUUGUGCCUGUUUUGUCUGUAUGUGUUCCAGAGAAAUGAUGCCCAUGUGGAAAGCUCAGAAUUACUAGCAUGAUUCCCAACAGUGGCUUCCUUCUGUUUGCAUUUCAGUUUUAUGUAAAUUUAAACAGGUUUCCUCAUCAAACACCUAUUCUUUUGUGUUUAUUAAACAAAAAUAGAAGAGGAGAAAUGUACUACUGUACAAUGUCUUUUUUUUGGUUCUGUCUGUUUGUGAGGAAAAGGCAAAAUUCCAUAAUUUUUAGCAUGUCUUUCAAGGAAAUUGUUUUUUUAGUGUCACAGAUUUAACCUUUAAUCACUAGACAAAUAAUAAUUCACGUCACUGUGAAAUAAAUGCAGCGUUCAUAACUGA